AAAAGUUAAAUGACAACACAUUGUUCACCAAACUUUCUUCCACCUAAAUACGAAUUCCAAAAUAACAAAAAUUCAAAGUCCAUCCACCAAAUAGAAAUGUAAAACACCCACGUCAAAGUCGUCUCCUCUUCUUCCCACCUUCUCUCCUCUUCUCUUCUUAUCUCACCGCCCCAACUCCAACUCCAAUGGCACAAAACUAAUAAAUAACGCCAAAAAUUACCCCUUUCCUCUCCACCCAAAACAUGAAACUAAUAUCCAUCAUCAUUUUCACCGUUAUUGUUAUCACCAUACAAGCUGCUGAUAUUCUCCCUGGUUCUACUCUUUUACCUUCCAACUCAAACUCCAAAUGGUCCUCUCCAAACAACACUUUCUCUCUUUCAUUCCUACAACUGGACCCCACUAACCAAAACACGUAUUUUGCAGCUAUAUCUUACAACAACAUACCCAUUUGGAUUGCCGGCGCCAAUAUCAACGGCGGAGCUGUUGAUUCCUCCGGUGCACUCCGGUUCCUCACCAACGGUGACCUCCAGCUCACAAAUGGUAAUUCUAGUGAUGUUGUUUGGAGUUCUAGAACUGCUAAUCGCGGUGUUUCAUUAGCUUUGGUUGAUGAUAAUGGGAAUCUUGUUCUUAGAAACGGGUCAGGUUCAAGCUUAUGGUCUUCGUUUGAUAACCCAACUGAUACUAUUGUUCCUUCUCAGAGUUUCUCUAUUGAUCAUGUUUUGAGAUCUGGGGUGUAUUCUUUUAGGCUUAGGAAUAAUGGGAACUUGUCUCUUUUGUGGAAUAAUUCUAUAAUUUAUUAUAAUUCUGGGUUGAAUUCUUCUGCAAAUGUGAAUUUGACUUCUCCUAGUUUGCGAAUGCAGCCUAUUGGGAUUCUUUCACUUUUUGAUCCUAGCCUUUCGAACCCUUUGAAUGUUGUUUAUAGUAGUGAUUAUGCUGAUGAAGGGAAUAUUUUAAGGUUUUUGAAAUUGGAUGCUGAUGGAAAUCUGAGGAUUUAUAGUUCCACACAAGGUAGUGGGACUCAAUCUGUGAGAUGGGCUGCUUUGACUGAUCAGUGUCAGGUUUUUGGAUAUUGUGGGAAUUUUGGGGUUUGUAGUUAUAAUGAAACUGGUCCAGCUUGUGGAUGUCCCUCUCUGAAUUUUGAGCUUACUGAUCUGAAUGAUAGUCGAAAAGGGUGUAAGAGGAAAGUUGAUCUUAGUAAUUGUCCUUCCAAUGCAACUAUGUUGCAAUUGGAUCAUGCUAAGUUCUUGACUUAUCCUCCGGAAUUAUCUGAGCAGAUAUUUUCUGCUGGUAUUUCUGCGUGUAGGUUUAACUGUCUCGUUAAUGGUGCUUGUGUCGCUUCGACUUCUUUAGCUGAUGGAACGGGGAUGUGUUAUAUUAAACAGCCCAAUUUUGUUAGUGGUUAUCAAGCGUCAACCCUUCCUAGUACUUCAUUUCUUAAGAUAUGUGGGCCUUCAAUGCCUAAUCCCAGUGUAGUUUCGGAAACUGUUCAGGAGAAGAAGAGAGGGAGGGUUCCUGGCUGGGUUGUUGCACUUGUGGUUGUGGCUAGUCUCUUGGGUUUGAUCCUGUUGGAGGGAGGUUUGUGGUGGUGGUGCUUUAGGAACAAUUCUAAAUUUGCAUCACUCUCAUCUCAAUAUGCACUUCUUGAAUAUGCCUCUGGUGCCCCUGUGCAGUUCACGUUCAAGGAGCUUCAGCGGGCAACCAAGGGGUUUAAGGAGAAGCUUGGUGCAGGAGGAUUUGGGGCUGUUUAUCGGGCAGUUCUGGCUAAUAGGUCUGUUGCUGCAGUGAAGCAGCUGGAAGGAAUUGAGCAAGGAGAGAAGCAAUUCAGAAUGGAGGUUGCAACUAUUAGUAGCACACACCAUUUGAAUUUGGUGAGAUUAAUUGGUUUUUGUUCUGAAGGGCGCCACAGGUUGCUGGUCUAUGAGUUCAUGAAAAAUUGUUCUCUUGAUAAGUUCCUCUUUUCCGAAGAUCAUUUGUCGGGAAGGCUUUUGAACUGGGAGCAACGGUUUAACAUUGCUUUGGGGACAGCAAGAGGUAUCACCUAUCUUCAUGAGGAAUGCCGAGAUUGUAUAGUUCACUGUGACAUAAAGCCUGAGAACAUACUGUUGGAUGAGAACUAUACUGCCAAAGUAUCAGAUUUUGGCCUUGCCAAGCUCAUUAACCCAAAGGACCACAGGCAUAGAACCUUGACAAGUCAUGUGAGGGGUACUAGAGGGUACUUGGCUCCAGAGUGGCUGGCCAAUCUUCCUAUAACUUCCAAAUCUGACGUGUACAGUUAUGGUAUGGUAUUACUGGAAAUAGUGAGUGGAAAAAGGAAUUUUGAAGUCUCGGAAGAGACUAACCGAAAAAAGUGCUCUUUGUGGGCAUAUGAAGAAUUUGAAAGGGGUAAUAUGGAGGCCAUUAUGGACAAAAAGCUUUCCAAUCAGGAGAUAGAUAUGGAACAAGUGAUCCGAGCAAUUCAGGUGAGCUUUUGGUGCAUCCAAGAGCAACCAUCUCAAAGGCCAACAAUGGGCAAAGUGGUUCAGAUGUUAGAAGGCAUUUUUGAGAUUGAUCAGCCACCAGCACCUAGGGCUGCUGAAGGGUCCUUUGCUGGAGCCAUCUUAAACGCCAGUAGCACAAGCGCUCUCUCAACCUUUGCAGCCUCGGCCCCAGCUCCCUCUUCAUCAUCAUCAUUCCAAACUGUAGGAUUCCAAUCUUCAGCUUCUGCGAUGAAUGUCGAAAGGCAAUCAUCAUCACUAUUACAUUCCGAAAUUAAGUGAGUCUUAAAACCAUACACUUUGGAUUCCCUACAAGAACUGUUGGGAAACUCAAAGAUCAUAGUUUGACUAGUGUCUUGCAAUUCACAUUGUAUAAUAAAUAGGUUUUACAUAUAUGUAUAUAUAUUGAUAUGUUGUGACUCAUUAAUAUCUGAAAAUACCACUCAUUUAUUUUCCA